AGGGUUUCAAGUCAGUCAGCCUGCUAACUGCUCAACGGCAGCCAUGGCUGAUGGUUGAACUAGGUUGAAUUCCAGCGGACAUCUCCAUCAUCCUGGAUGAGUAAGGUGGAAAGGUGAUACAUUAGCUUCGUCCUCGGCUUCAUCCGCCGUUUCUUGUGGUCUUGUCGACCCGUUUACCGGGUCUAAUGCUGUCGCCUGUCUAUCUAUUUCGACGUAUUCCCUGCGUUUUACCAGAAAAUAGUUUCAGUUGUUCCUUCUUCAGCAAGAAUCACUGCCAUCAGCAAUAAGGAUAGAUGGGAACGACACAGCCGUUCUUUGAUUGGGCCGGAUUCCCAGCUGGCGUACGCUUCGAGCCGACAGAUGUACAGUUACUGGAUCAUCUCUUAGCGAAGCUCGACGAGGAGCACCCCAGCAAAGACGACGAGGAACAGACUCUUAAACCCGGCGUUAAGCGGCAAGCCAGCCGAGGGAAAGAAAACGUGGCAGUGGGGAUUGGUAGUAAGCCACGGGUGCAACGAGCCCGGAGACAGCAGCAUCCGCGCGUGGGGGAGUUUAUUCCGACGCUGGGAUUCGAAGACGGGAUCUGCAGCGUUUAUCCGGAAGACUUGCCUGGCAUUGUCACGGACGGCACCACGAGGCACUACUUCCACCGCCCCUCGCGCGCCUACGCCAUGGGGCUGCGCAAGAGGCGCAAGAUCUUCUCAGAACGCCCCUCCGCCAGCAGCCUGCUGCCAGGCGGGGCAGGAGGGGUGGACGCUGGAGGGGGGAGGGAGGAUUGCGGUUACAGGUGGCACAAGACGGGGAAGACCCGCCCCGUGUUCGCCCGAAACCGGAAACAGAUCGGAUGGAAGAAAAUCCUGGUGCUGUAUGAGACGCGCGCUCAGAGGGGCAAGAGGCGAGGAGCAGACGAGCGGAGCAGCCCUGCAGGGGGGGCCGGGAAGGACCGGAAGACGAACUGGAUCAUGCACCAGUACCACGUGGGCGAGCAGGGCGAGGAGAAGGAGGGCGAGUGGGUGGUCUCAAAAGUCUUUUUCCAGAUCCAGCAGAGGCAGAGUUCAGGCACACGGGCAGGCAGCAGGGAGGGGUCGUUGCCCCCCUGUGUGGGCCAAGGGGCGGAGGAGGAGGAAGAGGGCGAGGGGAGGGAGGAUAUUGAAGCAGUGGGGGAAGGGGGGGCUUUAGGGAAGGACGAGGAGGCGGAGGAGGAGGAGGCAGUGGAUGAUAUUGAGGAGGUUAAUGACGAGGAUGAAGAUGGCAGCAUAGCAGUGACGCCUAGAGCAGCGGCUACGGGGAGAGGAGGGGGAUUGGGGUCAGGGUUGGGGGCAGGAGGCUCGAGUGUAGGGGCUAUAGCAGCAGGGAGGAGAGGAAGGGGAGGCAAAGGAAUAAGCCCUGGUGGCCGGGGGGGUUCUAGAGCGGGUAGGGCAGCAAAGGGGGGAGUGCUGGCAGCAGCGAGGGGUGCGUUUCAAGUCUCACCCCCUUCAGCCGCAUCAGGUGGGGUAAUUACAACAGGCCUACCAUCCCCAUCGCCGUCUGCUGCUUCUCCCCUCUCAUCAGCAGCUGGCGCCAUGGUGCCAGGUGCUGAACAGCCUGAUCUGAGUACCGUAGCAGGAGGAACAGCACCAGCAGGAGAAGUGGGUGCAGCAGCAGGGCCCGCCCGCCUGCUCUCCUUCCAGAGCCAAGCUCCCCCCAGCACACUCCCAGGGGGUUAUUUAUCAGGCAUAACUGGUAUAGCAGGGCCCCAGACAGGCGUUGCUAGUGUGGGUGUGGGAUUCACGCCUUUCAAUAGGAAAGGCGGGUUUGCUGCCGUUGCUGCUGCUGCUGCUGGGGCCUGGGCUGGGGCUGGGGCUGGGGCUGGGGCGGUUGUUGGUGCAGGUUGUGCUGCGGGUGGUGGUGGAUUGGCCAUGGCAGGGGACGUGAGCAGCAUCACCAGCAACAGCAGUGGCAGCUGUCAUGGCAGUGGGAUGUUCCUCUCUCCUCCUGCCAGCACCCAGAGACGGGUGGGACUUAGUGGCUUUGAACCACUUGGAUUUGGUAGCGUUGGUGCGGCUGCUGGUGCCGGUGCCGCUGGUGCUGCUGGUGCUGCGGGUGCUGCUGGUGCUGCAGAACCCGUCACUCCCAGUACUGCUAUGCCUCUUCCCAUCACCCCCCCCUCCGCCCAGUCUGCCUCGGGUCUUCUGGCAUUGAAGCCGCCUGGUUGGGGAGGAGAAGGUGGGAGGUUGGUUCUGUGCCAACAGCAGCAGCAGCAGGGUAACCAGAGCUUGUGUGGUAACCGCAGUUUCGCAGGGAAGGCAUUGCUAGCGGAUUCUUUGCCUGGGACUGCGGCACCUGCUACUGGUGCUACAGGUGCUACGGCCGCUACAGCUACUACUGGUGCUACAAGCGGUGCAGCAGUGGGCAGUGUGGUGGCAGCAGUGAGUGACCUGAGGGCGUAUGAGCAGUCGCUGGGAGACAGCGCUUCAGACGUCGGCUCGCACCCGCAGUCAGAAGAGUCCCAGGAGGUGAGAAUGCUUCUCUUGUCCGCCCAUGUCCCCUCUUGCCCCUCCCCUCUCUCGUCCCCUCUUAACCUCUCGUUUUCCCUCACACAGAUCCGCCGGCUCGUUUUACAUUUCCUCACGUUCUCCCCUCUCACUUCCUCCCUGCACCCUUUCGGCCUCACUACACAGCCGUCAGUUGCUGCAGCCCCGCCUGCUACGGCCAUGAGCCAUGGAUCAGGGCCGGGCACGCUGCCUGCCUCUGCUCUCAGGCAGUACCUGGCUCAGAGGCAGGAGGCAGGGGCAUACUACCAGCAGCCACAGCAUCAGGAGCAGCAGCAGCAGCAGCAGCAGCCACAGCAAUCGAAAGAUAAUGGCAUGGCAAAUGAGGCUGGUGAAAGGGUAACGGGUGGGCUUCCUGGGGAGGUGGAGGCUGGGCAGGUGCAUGUGGGAGGGUCUCAGGAUGAUAACGGGGCAGCAGGGAAGUGGGUGACGGGCAGCGAGCCAAUCACCCUAGAGGAAGCCACCCAGGGCCAUAGAGUGGGGCACCAAGGGGAGGAGGCCCAGCAGCAGCAGCAGCAGCAGUAUGUGAGCAACCAGCAGCAGCAGCAGCAGAAGCAGCAAGGCAUAGGUGCAGCAGCAGCAGCAGCAGCAGAGCCACCAGAGAAGCGGGGCGAGGAGAAGGACCCCCAGAGAGCGCACGAUUCCUUGCAAGAGCAGCUGGAAGGUGUGCCUGUUUUCUCCCAGAACGCCCUCUUUUCGCAGGGGCCUAUCUUCUCCCAAGGCACUCCAGAUGACUACCCCUUCCGCUUCCUCUCCACGCCUAGUGACGAGCCAGGGGAUACCUCUCCCAAGAAAACUGAGAGCGGGGCUGUAGCAGGAGUGACUGUAGCCGGUGUUACUUUAGCAGAUGCAGCUGUAGCUGAUGCAGCGGCUGUAGCGGCCCCAGCAACGCCCCGAGUGCCCUCAUCUGCUGACGUGGCAGCUAGUGCCGCAAGCUCUGGGAACAUGGAGGUUCCAGUUAUAGAGGGAGGUACACUUGGGUUAGGCUAUACUGGUGCGACUGGUAGAGUGGGAGAGGCGGAGGGAUCGGGGGAAGGCAAAUGCCUCUGGAAGCCGGCUCCUAGGAGGUUCUCCCCUCCUGCUGCUGCUAGGGCUGCUGCUGGGGGUGAUUCUUCCCCCGGGGCUGCUGCUGCUGUUGCGACUGCUGCAGCUGCUGCAGCAGCUGGUGCUGGUGCUAGUGUACCUGCUGGGAAUUUAAGCGACUCGCUAAAAGACUCGCUUAAAGACCCAUGGUCGAUCCCCACCAGCCAGGAGCUCCCCCUCCCCUCCACACCCAUCUUCUUAAGUCAGGAGCUUCCCCCUAUCGAGCACCUGCCCUCGUCCCUCCCCUCCAUGCCCCCCUCCCAAGACCCUACGGCCUGCUUUGAAGCCACACAGCCAGUGGAGCUGGGCGAGGGGGAGGGAGGAGAGUGUGGUUUGGGACAAGAGGAGGGAAUGGGGGAAGGGGCAGGUGGGAUGGGGGAGCGGGGUGUUGGGCAGAUGGGUGGGAAGGGAGAGGGAGGGAUGGGGGAGAUGGGGGGGCAGGAGAGUGGGGAGGAGUCGGAUGAGCCGAUUCAGGAGACACAAGUGGAGGCAGAAGAGGUGGACGAGCAGGGUGUGCAUGUGCAACAGCAUGUGCAUCAGCAUGUGCAUCAGCAUGGGCAACAGGGCAUGCAUAUGGAUGGACAAGGGUUGCAGAGGCACGAGGCGGGGAGGAAGGAGGGUGCUGUGGAGAAUAUGCAGGUGGCAGCAGAGUCGCCACACUUAAACGGGAGCGGUGAGUGUGGCAAGGAGAACGGCAGCAGUGAGGCCAAGGACUCCUCACCGUUGGAUCUGCUGAUGCGCGCACUGUCGAGUGAACAGGAUGGGGAUGGGGAUGGAGGGAGAGAGUGUAUGGGAAGAGGGGACAAUGAGGGAGAAAGAACGGAAAUGAGAGAGGGGGGUGAUGAGACAAGGCGUGAAUCGACAAGGCAUGAGGUUGCAGGUCUAAGGUAUCCUUCUGCCGUUCCCACCGCUGGCGCAGCUGCCACCACCACACCCCCUGCUGCUGCCAGCAAAGCUAUUUCAGCUCAAAUGGGUGCAAAGACCAGUGCAGAGAUGGUCACAGUAGCUGGGAGUAGCAGGGGCAUGGACGGCUCUAGGGAGGGUGUGUCUGGGGCAGGUGCACCUGGGAAGGAAUCCGCUGGGGGAGCAGCAGCUGGUGCAGCAGGUAGCCAUGGGGUAGCAGCCGGUGCUGGUUGUGGGCUUGGGGCGGCUUUCUGGAUCGGCAGCAGUGGUCCGGGAAUGAGCAAUGGCAUGUGGGGGGAGUGGAUGGGGCCUGCCAGGUCCGGUGAAACGGAGCUGGUUGGGGGUUUAGGUUCAGAAGGGCAGGCAGGCUUAGGUUCGGAAUGCCAGGGUCGGGAUAAGGGCCAUUUGAAAGGGGAGGAGAAUGGAGGAACGGAGGAGGAUAGGAGAGGGAUGGAGGAAAAGAAAGAGCAGGGUGAGGAGGAGGUGCUAGCUGAAGGGAGUGGAGGGAGAGGAGGGAGGGGGAGACAAGGAGAGGGGCUUGAGGUGUCUUCCUUGGGUUCGGAAAAAACAACCAUUCCUCGCAUGUUCCUCAGGAACUCACACCAAGAGCAGAGCGAAGGGGAUUCUUCCCAGAGGAGCAGCAGCGUGGGUGGAUCGAGCAGGGGAAAGGCGGUAGGGGCAGCGGCAGGUGGAAGGAAGGGGAAGAGGGGAGGGACUAGUGGGGGUAGAGGGAGGAGGAAGGGGACGGGUGGUGGGGAGAGUGGGGGAGGGAAACGGCAGGUAGGAGGAUGGAGGAAUUGGACGAUUGAUACAUGAGAGACGAGCUGGAGGGUUUAGUGGAACGUAUAAUUACCGUAGUUGGGUUGCUUUGGUUUGGUUUGGCAAUGGCUUGCUCAAUUGGCCACUUGCCUGAUUCGUUUUGGCUUCGUUUGGAAGUGAUCCCUAGCAGAUGGAAAUGCACAUCUUAUGUAGUGGGUGCACAUGUUCCUUGUAAAGGAAGUUGGCCACUUAUUAUUCGUGUGG